GCUUGCUUAAGCCAGACUUCUCAUCGAUAGAAUGAAAAAGUUUAAGAGGAGACUUUCCCUAACGCUGCGUGGAAGCCAGACCAUUGAUGAAUCUCUGUCUGAGCUGGCUGAACAAAUGACAAUUGAAGAGAACAGUAGCAAAGAUAAUGAACCUAUCGUGAAGAAUGGCAGGCCUCCAACAUCUCACAGUAUGCACUCAUUUCUCCACCAAUACACAGGAUCUUUCAAGAAGCCGCCUUUACGGCGACCACACAGCGUUAUUGGUGGCAGUCUUGGCUCCUUCAUGGCAAUGCCUAGGAAUGGAAGCAGAUUAGAUAUUGUGCACGAAAAUCUGAAAAUGGGAUCAGAUGGUGAAAGUGACCAAGCCUCUGGGACAUCCUCUGAUGAAGUUCAGUCUCCUACAGGUGUUUGCCUCAGAAACCGGAUACACAGACGGAUCUCGAUGGAGGAUCUGAACAAACGUUUGUCGCUGCCUGCAGACAUCAGAAUACCUGAUGGAUAUCUAGAAAAGUUGCAGAUAAAUAGCCCACCAUUUGAUCAGCCGAUGAGUCGACGCUCUCGUAGAGCAUCACUAUCAGAAAUUGGAUUUGGGAAAAUGGAAACUUAUAUCAAAUUGGAAAAACUUGGAGAGGGUACUUAUGCAACAGUAUAUAAGGGAAGAAGUAAAUUGACAGAGAACUUAGUAGCUCUAAAAGAAAUCCGACUGGAACAUGAAGAAGGGGCACCAUGCACAGCCAUAAGAGAAGUGUCAUUAUUAAAAGACCUAAAGCAUGCAAAUAUUGUUACAUUGCAUGAUAUUGUUCACACAGACAAAUCUUUGACUCUUGUUUUUGAGUAUCUGGACAAGGACCUAAAGCAGUACAUGGAUGAUUGUGGUAACAUCAUGAGUAUGCACAAUGUAAAACUCUUUUUAUAUCAGAUUCUGCGGGGUUUGGCAUACUGUCAUAGGCGGAAGGUGCUACAUCGAGACCUAAAGCCACAGAAUCUACUCAUUAAUGAGAAAGGAGAAUUAAAGCUAGCAGACUUUGGUUUGGCUAGAGCAAAGUCCGUUCCUACAAAGACCUACUCCAAUGAAGUUGUCACAUUGUGGUACAGGCCACCUGAUGUUCUUCUUGGAUCUUCAGAAUAUUCAACUCAAAUUGAUAUGUGGGGUGUUGGAUGCAUAUUUUUCGAAAUGGCUUCAGGAAGACCUCUCUUUCCUGGUUCAACUGUUGAAGAUGAAUUGCACUUAAUUUUUAGACUUCUUGGGACUCCAUGUCAAGAAACAUGGCCAGGAAUCUCUUCCAAUGAUGAAUUUAGGAACUACAACUUUCCCAAAUACAAGCCACAGCCUCUAAUCAACCAUGCACCAAGGCUAGACUCCGAAGGAAUUGAAUUGAUAGCAAAGUUUCUUCAAUAUGAAUCUAAAAAAAGAAUUUCAGCAGAAGAAGCCAUGAAACAUGCAUACUUCAGAAGUCUUGGAACAAGGAUACAUACUUUACCUGAAAGUGUCUCAAUAUUCAGUCUGAAAGAGAUUCAGCUGCAGAAAGACCCUGGCUUUCGAAAUUCCUCUUACCCUGAGACAGCAGAAGAAACACCAAGCACAUCAUAUCAAAGGACAGUGAAUGCUGUGGGCUGCAGCAGCAGCAAAGUGAAUCUGUGAUUAGGGCAUGGGAAGAACAGAAGACAGAGCAUGCUUUUUUAAAGCUGGCGAUACAGAUUCAAGCCCAAGCCUAUCUUUAUCAAUCAAGGACUCAGAUCUGAAGGCAGUUCUUUCUUUUGGUGGACUUGGAAUCUGUUUGUCUGCACUGUUCUCUUCACAGUGGAGUCUUUUUAUUUCCAACCUGCAGAUUAUGUUUUUAUAUUUGUUGUCACAGUGUGACAAUUUUUUGUACAGUUGAUUUUAAGGUCUCCUCUGCCAUUAGAGCCAGUAGGUUACAGCUGUUGAUGUAACUGUAGCUGCAAUUUUUGUGCAGGACUGAGAAACACAGUGCAUUAUUUAUUGCGGAAUCAUUGCUGCUAAAUAACUACUGUCUGUAUAGUUAACACAACAGUUCAAUGCCUGAAGAAGUUGCAAUGGCUUUAUAAUAUGUGAAUGCAUCUGUUUCUCUUCAUAAACUGUUUUACUGCUGCAGUUU